GGACUAGACUUUGCACUUUUGAGUUCACACACACACACAAACAGCACAGCAACAACUUUCUGAUGGAACCGACAAUGUGGCUGAAAGUCUUGGUCGCCUUCGUCUUCAGCGUCUCCAGCUGCCGGCCGGCCUCAGUCUUCCUGGAUGCAGACCGGGCCCACGGCGUCCUGGUCCGGACUCGGCGGUACAACUCGGGCUGGUUUGAGGAGCUGCAGAGAGGAGAUCUGAAGCGGGAGUGUCUGGAGGAAAAAUGCAGCUUUGAGGAGGCGCGGGAGGUUUUCGAACACACUGAGUUAACGAACGAGUUUUGGAGGACGUACAACGUUCCAGACAGCUGUAAGUCGAGUCCCUGCCUGAACGGAGGAAGCUGCGGCAGCCAGGCUUCCACCUACAUCUGCUACUGUCCGCCGUCGUUCAGCGGACUCAACUGUGAACUCGAGGAGCACAGCGUUCCUACGAUCUGCCUGCUGGAGAACGGAGGCUGCGAACAUUUCUGCAACGAAGACGACGACGGGCAGAAACUCAACUGCUCGUGUGCAGACGGAUACUUCCUGGACGUAGACGGGUUGAGCUGCGUGGCUAAAGAGUCGAUAGCGUGCGGCAUGGUGCCCGUCCUGCAGGGAGAAGAUAAAGCCAAGCAGCUCAACCCUCGAGCUCGAAUAGUCGGCGGCACAGAGUGUCCCAAAGGUGAAUGCCCCUGGCAGGUAAAGUUAAAGGGAGGUGAGUUCAACACGGAGGAGGACGAGGGCACGGAGCAGUACCUGCAGGUGGAGCAGAUCAUCAUGCACCCGGACUACGUGAAGGCCACCGCCGACAACGACAUCGCCCUCCUGCGUCUGGCGUCGCCCGUCGUCUACACGCCGUACGCCGUCCCCGUCUGCCUGCCGACGCGGCCGCUGGCGGUGCACCACCUGUGGGCCGUCAGCCUGCACACGGUGAGCGGGUGGGGGAGGCGGGCGGAGAACGGACCCACCUCCAACGUGCUGCGGCGGCUGAAGAUCCCUCGCAUCCGGACGCAGGAGUGCGUGGAGAAGAGCGGCGUGGCGAUCACCGAGAACAUGUUCUGCGCCGGCUACAUCGAAGGCCGGGAGGACUCGUGCAAAGGCGACAGCGGCGGGCCGUUGGUGACGCUGUACAAGGAGACGUCGUUCCUGUUGGGGAUCGUCAGCUGGGGGAAAGGUUGCGCCCGGCCGGGGAACUACGGCAUCUACACCCGAGUGUCCAACUACCUGGAGUGGAUCCACAACCGGACGGCGACGGCAGGACCGCCGGCGAACAGCACCGACGCCUUACUGCACAACCUGACCACCUGAGGGAAGGAAGGAAGGAAGGAAGGAAAGGAGGGAGGAAGGAGGGAGGAAGGAGUGGAUCCACAACCUGACCAC